AUCACCUCUCUCUCUCUCCCUCCCAAAACCCUCGACUAGAGGUAGGGUUUGCGAGUUUUGCCCCUUCUAGAACUUCUGUGGUGAUUCUGCUUUGUUUUGGAUUUGGAUCUGUCGAUUUAUUCUUCAAUGGAUACUCGUAAGCGAGGCAGGCCUGGAGGUGUGCUCAACGCUAACGGUGGAUUCAAGAAAUCCAAGCAAGAAGUGGAGUCCUUAUCAACUGGUAUAGGAAGCAAAUCGAAGCCAUGCACCAAGUUUUUCAGCACCUCUGGCUGUCCUUUUGGGGAGAGCUGCCACUUCCUCCACUAUGUCCCUGGUGGCUACAAUGCCGUGGCACAGAUGACCAAUCAGGCACCGAUUCUUCCUCCAGCCUCAAGAAACAUGGCAGGGCCACCACCUCCUGUUCCAAACGGCUCCUCUAUGCCUGCUGUUAAGAGUAAAAUGUGCAACAAAUUCAACACUGCAGAAGGCUGCAAAUUUGGUGACAAAUGUCAUUUUGCCCAUGGUGAAUGGGAGCUUGGCAAGCCACUUGCUCCAUAUCAUGAUGAUCCUCGAGCCAUGGGAUCCAUCCCAGGCCGCUUAGCUGGUCGAAUUGAACCGUCACCAACAGGCCCUGCUGCUAGCUUUGGUGCCUCAGCCACUGCCAAAAUUAGCGUAGAUGCAUCAUUGGCUGGAGCCAUCAUUGGGAAGGGUGGUGUGAAUUCGAAGCAGAUAUGUCGCCAAACAGGGGCCAAACUUUCCAUACGGGAGCAUGAUUCAGAUCCAAAUCUGAGGAAUAUUGAACUGGAGGGGACUUUUGAACAGAUAAAAGAAGCGAGUGCAAUGGUAAGAGAACUAAUUGUGAACAUCAGUGCAAUGCCAGGGCAUGCAAGAACAACUGCAAUGCCAGGUGGUGGCCAAGCCCCUCCGGCCAGCAACUACAAGACUAAGUUGUGCGACAAUUUUACGAAAGGGUCAUGCACCUUUGGAGAAAGGUGUCACUUUGCUCAUGGGGCUGGUGAGUUGCGCAAAUCUGCAAUAUAAAUGGCGCACUGCUGUACCAUAGUAGUAGUGGGGUGGGGAGGGGACAUGAGUGGGAAAUCAGUUCGCCUUUUUUCUUUUUUUUUUUCAUUAUGGCAGCUGGAAUUUAACUUUGUUAAAUCAUAGAGCUCUGGGCUUCUAAUUUUGCUUUACGAACAACUACAUUAGCUUUUGUAGCCUUGGGCUUUGUCUUAAGAGUGGCGGUAGAUGCUAUUAAUUAUUCCUCCUGUCGUGUGUGUGUGUAUUUGCUUUCAAUGUAUGGUGAUGUUGAGAAACUAUUUGCCCUAAAAGACUAGAUAGGAAUUUGAGCAUUUA